AGGAAGUGCUGACGGUUGUUGUCCUUGACGUAACGCACGGCAUCCUCAGCAGCAAGGUGGCUAACGUUUGCUUAGCGUCUUAAGAUAAUCUUUUGUUGCGGUUGCUGCGGAAAGCUCCGUUGUAUGUAUUGUUCUCAUCAUGGGACAGUCGCUGAAUCCUUUGAGAACCCACGAUGAGGUUCCCGAUGAUGUCAAGGCGACCAUUACCCCCAUCGACUACACCCCCGCACCGCCUGAGAGCCGUCCCACUGACCACACGGCAUGCGACGAGUGCGGCGAGCAGUACGGCUGGUUCUGCUACAGCACCAACUGCGACUGGUGCGGUCGUCAACUAUGCACUCGCUGCUGCCCAGACCAAUAUCUCCUGAAGGGCAAUCCCGGUUGCAAGAAAUGCACGCGCCGAGCCUUUUGCCUUCGUCGUGAGGAGAUGCUGGCGGACCAUCUCGAAGAUGCGGGGAUGCGACUGCAGCAUCCGCGUGCGGCUGCGCUGGGAUUGCCUGCGGCGACAGACGCCGUUUGUGCAGUUGCUCCAAAGGAUGGGAAUGCAUGCAGAACGAACAAUGCUACCAUCCGUGCGUGA